AUGUAUAGCAUGAUGAUGGAAACUGACCUCCAUUCCCCCGGCCCCCAAACGAACACGACCACGGGGCAAACGGGGCCGAAUGGCGGGUCCAAAGCGAACCAGGAACGGGUGAAGAGACCGAUGAACGCGUUCAUGGUGUGGUCCCGUGGGCAGCGGAGGAAGAUGGCACAGGAGAACCCCAAGAUGCACAACUCUGAGAUCAGCAAGCGGCUGGGUGCCGAGUGGAAGGUAAUGUCCGAGGCUGAGAAGCGCCCUUUCAUCGACGAGGCGAAACGUUUGAGAGCCAUGCACAUGAAGGAGCAUCCGGAUUACAAGUACCGGCCAAGACGGAAGACCAAGACGCUGCUGAAAAAGGACAAAUAUUCCCUCGCAGGUGGACUGCUUUCUGGGCCCAGUGGGGGUGGUGGAGUUGGUUUAGGGCACGGCAUGGGAUCCUCGGGGAUCGGACAGAGGUUAGAGAGCCCCGGGGGUCACGGAGGCUCAGGCAGCUCCGGCUACGCGCACAUGAAUGGCUGGGCGAACGGCGCGUACUCGGGGCAGGUGGCUGCAGCGGCAGCAGCCGCCGCGAUGAUGCAGGAGGCUCAGCUCGCCUACAGCCAGCACCCGGGGAGCGGAGCGCACCACCACCACCACUCGCACCACCACCACUCACACAACCCGCAGCCAAUGCACCGCUACGACAUGUCAGCGCUGCAGUACAGCCCCAUCUCGAACUCUCAGAGCUACAUGAACGCUUCACCCUCCGGCUACGGCGGGAUCACCUACACACAGCACCAGGGCUCCGGCGUCUCCUCCUCCACUGCCAUGGGGACGUUAGGGUCGCUGGUGAAAUCGGAGCCGAGUGUAAGCCCUCCCGUCAGCAGCACACACUCACGGGGUCCUUGCCCCGGAGACUUGAGAGAGAUGAUAAGCAUGUAUUUACCGACCGGAGAGCCGGGGGACCCGUCAAUGCAGAGUAGACUCCAUGCCUUGCCGCAGCAUUACCAGAGCGCCACUGCUGGAGUGAACGGGACGGUCCCUCUAACACAUAUUUAG